AUGGCUGUUUUCAAAGAAUUUCGCUAUCCAUGCUGCCCUGAACCAUAUCCGGACAUUUCAUUUUAUCUCUGGCUCGCCCGUGAACCGGCCUUCUACAACUAUAUCCUUAUCCUGCCAUGCUUUCUUCUCUCCUCACUUACCCUCGUCCUCUUCUGGCUGCCUCCAGAGACGCCUGCCAAAAUGGUUUUAGGUGAGAGGGGAAAUUAA